AUGUCCUUUCCUACUGCAUCAAUCCGCAAUCUUUCCGAGAUGGAUCAGGUAAAUAGAGUAGGCCACGGGUCGCCGGACGAGCGUACGUGGAGACGGGUGAAACAAGAAAUGGUAGAUAUUCAAUCGGAGAUAGACAGGUUGGAGACGGACAAAAAGAAGGGAAAGUUUCGCUUGGGGCAGGUGUUUGCGGGCUCGGGCCUUCGCAACAAGCAUCUCACUACCAUCAAGAUGAAGGAUCCGACGUCAACGCGUCCUUCAAUUAUGGAUUGGGCUCUUAUCCGCCUUGUGGGCCGGGCUACAGGCCAGAACACCUCAUUGGACUUGAAAACUCCGUCACACCGUUUCACCACGCUUACCACCGCGGCUUCUCCUCCCCACGAACUCCGGAUUUUUGAACUCGACCAUGCCACAGGAUGGACGGAGGGUCAGUGCAACAAUCUUAAGCUUGCCAACAUAGCGCAAGAUGAGGCUGGUGACAUCGUCGUGACUCAUGAACAUCAUUUCAUCAGUGAAAGCAGCCAUACUGGCAGCCCUGUGAUCGGCCCCGGGGACUCUGGAGCCCUUGUAUGUGAUGAUCAGGGCAGAGUAUGGGGCAUGGCUUUUGGGGGCGACGAGAUGGGCCACAGAGGGUACUUCACUCACAUUGUCGACUUGUUCGAAGACAUUAGAUCGGCCUUGGGAACGGAAAUUCGCCUGGUGGGUCAAGAUUGA